AUGAAGGUUGCUCUUCUUGCUUUCUUAAUAAUCCUGGUUGCUGCGGUGAAUGCUAGGUCUUUUAACACUUAUUCCAGGACUAGUCCUUUGUUAUCCAAGAUUUCUCAGCUUAAUGCUGAGCAAACGCCUUUUGAUUUUUACAGAGGAUUCAUUCUUGGAUGGCAAACUCAGCAAAGCCAGCCAGGACAGUGCUAUAAUGAUAAUGGAGCCUUCUUCUCAUCGUUGAACGACACCUGGACUACUUUCAAAAGAGCUUACCGCCCAGAUACUUGGUUCAACUUCUUGGACAGAAUCAGAAUUAAUAUCGACAACUUCGCAAAGUCUCUCCAGAGCUGCCAGAUGCAUUCUAUCUUGACUAAGAUGGAGAGAAUAGUAACUUCAGAGGGAAUACUAGAGGUCUCUGCUAGACUUAUCUCCCAGAUCGUCUUCUUGCAAAACAAUAUCCAGGUCUUCAUGGACAGUCUUGCUACUGGUGAGUACAGAACAGCAGGCAUAGAAGGCGGCAAAUUCUUAUCUGCCAUCAUAGGUGUUACUGUAAACUAGUCACAUCAGAUAAGAUUUUACUUCAUUUGUUUGCUUCAAC